AGUUUUAUAAAGUUUAAAAUUGUCAAUUAUUUAUUUUUGUUAUCUUUUAGGCGAAAUGAUGGCUCUUGAUGCUGAACCAUUCGCACUAGUUGAGCGAAAAGGCUUUCAAAGAUUAAUAAAAUAUUUGGCACCGCAGUAUCCAUUACCUUGUAGAACAUAUUUUUCUGAAAAAAUUAUGCCACGUUUGUAUGAAAAUUUGAAAACAUGUAUUAAAGAAAAAUUAAUUACUGCGAUAAAUAUAUCGUUCUCCACCGAUAUAUGGACUAGUCCAGCAAACAACGAGUCAUUUAUAAGCCUGACAGCUCAUUUCAUACGAAGUGAUGAUAUGCAUAGAGAAAUACUUGUACUCAGCGCGAAACACUUUCCUGAUAGUCAUACUGGUUUCAAUAUCGGUCAGAUAUUAAAUGAUGUGAUGGAAGAAUGGCAUAUAAGUUCUAGUCAAAUUCAUCUCAUUUUAAGGGAUAAUGCUUGUAACAUGAUUAUAGGAACUGAUAUGUUAGGAGAGAGUGUAGGAUGUUUUAUUCACACUUUACAACUCGUGAUUUACGAUUGUAUUUUUAAAAAUCGAAAUUUUGUUGAAAUUUUGGGGAAAUGUCGAAAAAUUGUUGGACAUUUUAGCCAUUCUUCACUCGCCUGCUCGAAACUCAAAAACAUACAAAAAAAUUUGAAAUUGCCAAUUCAUAAGUUAAUCCAAGAUGUUACUACAAGAUGGAACUCAACAUUUUAUAUGUUGUCAAGACUUCUUGAACAACAACAAGCGGUAACUGCAUAUGCUGCGGAGAAAGAUAUACCAAGCCUUACGGCUAUGCAAUGGAAUAUGGUAGAAAACGUUAUACGUGUUCUCCAACCGUUUGAAGAAAUGACUAAAAUGGCCAGUUCAGAUUGUGAAACAAUUGGAUACGUUAUUCCAGCAAUUGUUACUCUACACUCGUAUCUUUCAAAACGACAAAAGGAUACUGGAGUAAUGAUGUUGAAAGAAGAUCUCAAAAAAGCGAUGGAAGAACGAUUUCUUAAUCCUAUAGGACUCAAUGUCAAGGAUCAAAAAUGUUUUGUACUCGCUACCGUAUUAGAUCCAAGGUUCAAAACAAAAUUUUGUCCAGACGAAAAUAAGGCCAAACAGUGGAUUGAAGAAUUACUAGAAGUGAAUAAAAGAGUCACUAAUGAUACUGAAAACAAUACGCAGAGUCAUAACGUCAGUUCUCUUCAAGAACAAAAUGUCAUAAGCGAAACACACGAGGACAUUUGGAAGUGUUUCGACGACAUAGUAAAUAAUUCAAAAUCUGAUACUGAUAAUAGCAAUCUUGAUGAUUCAGAAAGCAUAUCGUUUGAAAGACAACCAAGUGAGAGAAGUAAAAAGAAAACUGCUGUCUACAAUGCUGAGUUAGCGAAAUACCUUGUGUUACCAUUGUCACCUAGAAAUGAGGAUCCUUUAAUAUGGUGGAAAACACAUGCUUUGGAAUAUCCGAAUCUCAAAAUUUUGGUUAUAAAAUACUUGAGUGCUCCUCCUUCUUCUGUCAAUUCAGAAAGACUUUUUAGUGCAGGAAAGUUAGUUUAUUCUGAUAAUCGAAACAGAUUGUCACCGCAGAAUGCUGAAAUGUUACUGUUCAUCAUGAAAAAUUUAUUAAUAUUAAACAGUUAA